CCCCUUUUUACCCUGCUUCCUCUUCUCUGAUCCACUACUCAUCCUAGGCCUCCAUCACAUCGGUGUUCCUUGUUUUUUUUUCCUUUCUGCUUGUUUCUUCACACCGUCGUUUUAUUUAUUUUGUUGUUGCUGCUACUGCGACUCGGUUCUUCGUAUUAGCAUAUACCGGCUAGCCUUUUGAGACUGAUGACAGAAAUCAUAAAAGACGGCUAUCUUUCCGUGAAAGAGGACGGUUUACGAGCAUGGAUAUGGUCUAAACGAUUUUGCGUACUACGAGAUCAGGCAUUGACCUUCCAUCGAAACGAACAAUCGGGCCAAUGUGUAGCAUUAAUAUUUCUCAAGGAGAUCACCUCGGUGACACGCACCGAUCUGAAACCCUAUUGCUUCGAAAUCGCAACAAAAGACAAGACAUACUACAUCGCAUGUAAAAGCGAUGAAGAAUUGUAUUCAUGGAUGGAUGAAAUCUACAACCGAUCUUCGGUCGGCGCUUCAGGUCCGACGAAUUUUGUACACGAGGUGCACGUUGGCUUUGAUCCUAUCACGGGCGCCUUCACCGGAUUGCCCGAUCAAUGGACGAAAUUGUUGAAAGGAUCUGCUAUUACAGCAGAAGAUGCCGCCAAAAAUCCACAAGCCGUGUUGGAUGUACUGGAAUUCUACACCGAACAGACAAAACGCGAAGCCGAAGAGUACGGCUCUUCUCAUCUGAAGGGCGCGGUAGAACGUCGAAGCGACGAUCGAUGGGCCGCUUUCAUGCAGGAUGCCCAAAAAUCACCCACAUCGCCCAUGCCUUCACAGCAUCGACCACCCCCUCGUCCAGCUCCCCCACCACCCACAAAUGCUCGUCGACCCGAUCGUGAUUUGAACGAUAUGGUGGAUGAUCUGUCUAUAAACCGUUCCGACCGCACCCCUCCCUCCAAACUGACGCCACCACGUUCGCCUAAUCCGCUAGAUACACCCAGAGACUAUCGUCCUUUGGGCCCAGGGGACAGAGCACCACCAUCACCCGGUCUGUAUCCUCGUUCACCACGCGAUGUUAGCCCCGGUCGUCCAGCUUAUGGUAAACCCUAUCCCCGACCUGAACCUUCCAAGUCGCAUGGUACUUCGCAUUCUCAAAGACCCGCUCGUGGCAGCAGUAUUUCUGUCUAUGACGAUCGCAUGUAUGAACGUGAAAAAUACGAGCGUGAAUUACGCGAACGAGAGCGGGAACACCGUGAACGUGAGCGAGAAAAGGAAAGAAUGCGAGAACGGGAGCGUGAAAAAGAAAAAGAAAGAGAGCGAAUCCAACGUGAACGUGAGCGUGAGCGUGAGCGCGAAAAGGAGCGUGAAAUGCGUGAACGUGAACGAGAACGAGAAAAGGCGGCGGCUCAGGUCAACACGCCCACCAAGAAGAAGGUGGAACAACGUAUUAGUACCAUGACCGAAGCUCAAAUCAUGGAUAAAUUACGAUCGGUCGUCACGCGUGGUGAUCCCAAUGAAUAUUACAAAAAGUUGCGACGGGUUGGUCAAGGUGCAUCCGGCUCGGUUUACGUCGCAACGUCGUUGGCUACCAAUACCAAAGUGGCUAUCAAACAGAUGGACCUUGCUCAUCAGCCUCGUAAGGAAUUAAUUGUCAACGAAAUUUUGGUCAUGAAGGAAUCCCAGCAUCCCAAUAUUGUCAACUUCCUCGACUCAUUUCUCGUCAAGAACUCUGAUCUUUGGGUGAUUAUGGAAUUUAUGGAAGGCGGUGCUUUAACGGACGUUAUCGAUAACAACACAAUGACUGAGCAACAAAUUGCCACCGUCUGUCUAGAGACAACGGCCGGUCUUCACCAUUUGCAUUCACAAAACAUUAUCCACAGAGAUAUCAAAUCGGACAAUAUUUUGUUGAGUUCGCAUGGACAAGUGAAGAUCAGCGAUUUCGGUUUUUGUGCCAAGCUCACUGAAAACCGCAGCAAGCGUGCCACUAUGGUGGGAACACCCUAUUGGAUGGCUCCCGAGGUUGUGAAACAAAAGGAAUACGGUGCCAAGGUAGACAUUUGGUCAUUAGGUAUCAUGGCCAUUGAAAUGAUCGAAAACGAGCCGCCUUACCUGGACGAAGAACCAUUGAAAGCACUUUAUUUAAUCGCCACCAAUGGAACCCCUACUUUGAAAAGUCCUGAAAAACUGUCACGAGAACUCAAGAGCUUCCUGGCCGUAUGCCUUUGCGUCGAUGUACGAUCAAGAGCAACAGCAGCCGAAUUACUGGAGCAUGAGUUCCUCAAAAAGGCAGGACCUUUGGAAAUCCUCGCACCGUUGUUGAAGUUCAAGUCCGGCAAACACUAAAAGGCUUGACACUUGGGAUUCCUCCUUUCUUUUUUACCACUGGGUAAAAAAGGAUCAAAAAGAAAAGCACAUCAUUCAAUGCAUUUUCGGUCUCAAUGUAUGCUUCCAUCAGAAAAUAGUAGAUUCAUUGCAUGUACGCGAUGUAUGAUAUAUUUGUUCUAACACAAUAGCGGAGGAACAAUACAUUUACUUAUUUGUCUUCCCAUUUUUCCUUACCUGCAAUAGCUUAUUGUUAUUGUCAAAAUUCGUUCACUUCCGGAUUGUUUAUAAAAUAAAAAGCGAUGAAAUUCAUAUUAAACGCUAGAGGAAAA